GCAACAAGAUAAUUAAACAAUCAAAAUUCGAGAAAUUUUCUACACUGAAAAAUGUUGUUCCGAGAAAAACAUAUUCAAAUUUUGAAGACAAUAUAAACAUAUGUAGAUGUACGCAUACGUUUCCAGUUCUCUAUUUCGAAAACUGGCUUGCAUUAAAAUCUCAGACCUUUUGUGUGUCAUUCUCUCUCGCACUGCAUGAAAUGGAUUUAAACUAGUGCUUAAAUGAGGAAAAGAAUUUGUCUAACUUUUUGAAAUUGCCCGUACCGUUAUUCGUCAAAUCUCGAUAGGAUCGAUUGCAAAUUGCAGCAGAACGUUUGAAGCAGCCUAAUAAGUUUCGUCGCUGUUCUAUUUACACACGUUGCGUCCGCUGUGGUGAUUUUGCGUACAGCGGGCAGAACGGAACUAUGGUGUAUUUUCGAAAAAAAAACGUCAUGCGAGCGAUCGACGAGCCAAUAAAUUGAUUAACGGCAUGGCUUUAUCUUGGUAGCGGUGCACGCUAGUCGAAAUCGACGAUAUCGCAGGCUAUAACUCGGCGAUAAAGUUGCACGGGGCAGGUCGAUUGAAAUUUUUCACUGCGUCGGAAUUGUUAUCAAAAGACUCGGGGUCUCAUGUAAACAGCACGCGGGAUCUUGUGUGUCAUCCGAUCUAAUGGUCCUUAUUAUGUAAUUUGUGCACCGGCUGAAUGCUAUGCUCGAAAAAAUCUGGAUGAAAAUUAAUAGAAUUCGCGUCACGAGCGGUGUCUUUCGAAAAUGACUGACUCUUCUUCCUCUUCUUCUUUCGCAAGGGUAAUCAGUAAAGUAUUGACUUUUAUAAAAUGUAUUGCUCGAACUGGCUUUGUGAUAUUAAACAAUGUUUACUGUAUACCAACGUAUGUAGUAUGGAUGACAUUAUUGUUUCCUGUAAAAGUUUAUCAGCCUCAAGUAUAUUGGCGUAUCGAAGGACUAUUUUUCCAUUGGUUAUUAGCAAUGGUAUCGAUGUGGACUUGGUCCGCAGGUUACGACAUUAUAGAACAAGGUGAUGAUAUAGAGAAACUAAUUAGUGACAGAACAUUAGUAAUAGCGAACCAUCAAAGUACUGGUGAUGUUCCUAUACUAAUGACAACAUUUAAUGCGAAACCAAACGUGUUGCCUAAUCUAAUGUGGAUUAUGGACAGGAUUUUUAAAUUUACAAACUUUGGUAUAGUUUCUGUUUUACAUCAGGACUUCUUUAUUGUGUCUGGUCGUAAAAAGAGAGAAGAAAGUUUAAAGCAACUUGAGAAACAUCUGAAAGAAUCGUACAUUCCACUUAAUAGGGAAUGGAUGGUUCUGUUUCCAGAAGGAGGUUUUUUAUGUAAAAGAAGAGAGACUUCGCAGAAAUAUGCUAAAAAAAAUAAUCUUCCUAUUUUGGAGAAUGUAACUCUGCCACGUUUAGGAGCAUUGCAGACUAUAUUUGAUACAGUUGGUCCAUCACAUAAUAAUAAUAGAUCAAAUCAAGAAUUAGAUAAUAGAGCAAGUAUGGUAGUAGCAAAACCUGAAAUCAAUUGGGUUCUUGAUAUAACAAUAGCAUAUCCUCAAGGUAAACCAAUUGAUUUACCUACAAUUAUAACUGGUUCCAGACCACCGUGUGAGACAGUACUGUUUUACCGAGUUUUUCCUAGUUUAGUGGUUCCUCGGGAACCAGAAUUAUUAUCUAAAUGGUUGUAUGAUAGGUGGGUUGAAAAAGAAGCACUUUUGGAUAACUUUUAUAAGUAUGGAACAUUUGUUGGUACACAAGCAUCGCCCAAUGAAGGUUCCAAGAUCCAUCAGGAUCCAUUAAGAUUCCUAGUCCUUCAUUUAUUUUUUAUAACAUCUAGUUAUAUUCAUUACAAUAUAUUUACAUACAUGCUCUCUUGCUUCUGGUAAAGCGUUUUAUUCUAUAUAAAAGAUUACGUUCAGACACGAGUGAAAUUACAAUGUGGUAGAGUAACAAACAAAAAAAAUAUUCCUGCCUUAAAUACUACUCUUGAUGUUGACUAAUAAAACUAACGAGUGUAUGAAUUGUCAAUUCCAAGUGAAUGUUUAUAACUAGAUAUGAAAUAGAUAGUUAAUUGCAACCACCGUUUUUAUUGCUAUGAAAAAUUAUUUAAUCACAACAUAUCUGUUAUCAUUAAUUACACGAACAUAAUUAUACAGAUUUCCAUAUUUCUGUCAUGGGAUGCAAAGAAGGCUUGAUGUUGAAAUAACAAUAUUUUUAUUUCGAUAACGAUGUUCCUUGUGAAAAUUUUUUGCACAGUUGUAUACAUCUUUGUUAUAGUUAGUCAUUCCUCAGAAUGUUUAUUUUAAUUUAUACAGUGAGACAUAUGGGGUUCUUCAUAACAUUAUAUUUGUAACAUAAUAUUUAUGAUAUAAUUGUAAAGAAGGAAACGUGUCUUCGGUGGAAGACAUUAAAAAGAAUACAACUGUCAUGAUUACAAUGACAAUGAUAUUUUGUACGAACGAAUAACGGAUCAGAUUCAUUUGAAUGAAAUAUUAUGAUAUAUCAUCGAUACUUCGGAAGUUCUAAAAACAUGCAAAUUAUGUGUAUUCGGCUUCUUUAUAUUAAAUUAAUUAUAAAGAACAGAAUUAAUACUUUUUACGUUCGAACUUGUAAAAGUUAAAUGAUUUAACAUCUGUUAAUGUGACGCCUCCACUUGGGCGAUAGUUCUAAACGUGGUUUUAAACGAUAGAUUUAAUAUUCUAUUUACAAGAAAAGAGUGAAAAUGUGUCUACACUUGAUUAUCUGUCUGGAGGACUCGGCAGCAUUUGAGAGCGUUUUUCACAGUAUUCUGCAUGUGUGUUUUGUAAUACAAUAUCUUAAGUAAUCGCAAAAUAUUCUAUGAAAUGGAAUUGCAAAGAUAUAAUAGCAAAUUGUUACUGCUCUUGUUUAGAAGUGGUCAUCACGAAUACUGUUUCAAAGGAAUAUCCAUCUAUUUGUGAUACUCGAGAGAGAAAGAGAGAGAAAGAUAGAGAGAGAGAGAGAGAGAGAGAGAGAGAGAGAGAAAGAGAGAAAAGAAGAAAAAGAAAAAGUAUUUUUUCAAUGCGAAGUCAAUCAUACAAAAAUAAUUUUUUAAAUCACGUAUUAGAAAAUCUAUAUAAGUUCGUAAUUCUAUGAAGUAGAUGUGAAAAUUAGUAACAAAAUGUUCAGAAAACUUGGCAGAAAUAAAAAAAGUCGUGUUUUGGUAAGGUCGAUCGAAGUAAGUAAGAUGUAUACUUUAUUGCUAAAUUUCAAACCAAUAAUGAUGCUGUUCAGUGACGGAAAACAGCCGUGCCUUGUUCCUACGGACAAACCUCAGCGUUAAUUGUAUAUAUUCUUAGCGAAUCUCUUACGAUUGCAAUCUUAACGAUUGAACCUGCGCCUACUAAAUUAAUUUUUUUAAGAUAAUCAGGUUCCAUUGAUUGAAAAUAAAGAAAAAAGGUACCAUAGAAAUAAAAACGGGCGAGUCGAUGGCAUAUCUUCUAUGCUGCCUAAUUGGAUAUUACGAGGUAAAAGUAUAUAGCCCAAAUCGAAAGCAAUUUCCAGACUGAUUUAUUCGGGGAACUAAAAUAGUUGGAGCGCAUAAGAAUGAACAUCUGUUGUCGUCGUAUACUACGCAUAGCAAUUAGACUUUUUCUAUGGUUACUAUAACGUAACGAGAAACAUUUUUAUAUAAAUGUAUCUGUUCCAAUGACAAACUAGAACUUUACAAAUCGAAAGAGUGUAAAUGUACAACAAUUUCAAUGAGACCGGUGUUACAGUCUUAUUGAACGUCGGGCGUAUGUAUCAUUCGCCUCUUAAGAAGAAAUCAUUUUCUUUAAUACUUGAUCAUACUAUGGCACGGAAAUUUUGUAUACGUAUUUGCAUACAAAAAUACAGUACCGUUGCAACGUAUGAAUAUCUUUAUGCAUUUCCUUGCAUUUAACGCAGAAUUUGAAAGAAAAACAUUCACAGAGUGUACAUAUAUACACAUACACGCAUAUGUAUAUGUCAUUCACAGAGCUUAGAGCUUGACACGCCGAUACGAAAAAUGUUUAAAUCAAAAAGCAAUUUUCACCUCAAUUGUAUUCUCUACUCCGCAGCAAUGUAUCCGACUUUUUUAUCGUUUAGUUUUAUGUCCUCAUGUUUAUGAAGUAUUUAAGGAAAUCUGAAUCACUGCGAUAGAAUGUUUCUAGUCUUGGUUGCAAAUUUUUUAAAUGAACAAACACGAGAUUCUAAAUGUACCAGUAAUUGUACUAUAAGAAAUUUAUAAGUUUAUUAAUAAAAUUUGUUUUACAAUAUAAUGAUCGUUGUGCAUCGUUCGGAACUGUUCGAUUAACGAUGUAUAUCGAGACGAAAUGAAAUAACUUUAUUGCGGAUCAGAAACGAAAAAAGUAUGUGUAUCAUGGUUUUACUAAUAUUUAAUUACCAACUAAGGACAAACUGAGAAGAAAUCGUGUAACAUAAUGAUGCUUGCAUAAUAGCAUAUAUCCUUCGUUACAAGGGCCAAUAUUUUUGAGAUAUUUAGAUACAUUAGAUUUUUAAUAUAACGUACGGUACAAUAAAAAAUGGGAACUCAAGUUUCAUUGAAACACGAAGCAAUGUAAUUUAAAGGAACAACUCUACAGAUUACAAUAAAAUUUAUUCAUUAUAUAUUUAUAGUUAUGGCACAGAGUUUGAUUUUAUAUUGAUUACGCAUUGUAAAUCGCAUUAGAGAAGUUAGUUUCACACCUUGUACAGCACACUGCAAUCAGAUAUCAGUGUAGCGUGUAGUAGAUAAAAGAAAUUUAAUGAUAAGUUAUCACAUAAGUCCUGUUGGUUGUGUUUUAAUUUUUUCUUAUUUUACUCUCGUUACUAAGUUAUAUACAAAGAGCAGUAUUACUCAUAUGCAGUAUUUAUAAAAUAACGUUCAUUAUUAUUUUAAAUUAUACUGCAUAUUUUGUAAAUAUAUGAGUGAUAGUAUCUUUGUGUUACGUUUAAACGAUAUUUAAAAUAUCCUAUUCUUCUGAUGAAGAUCUUGUUACGAUUAUUCUACGUGAUAAAAUGCAAUUUGUAUUUAGUAGGCAUCGAACUAACAAUAUUCAAUUAAUAUUGCUGAUAAAAAUUUGAGAACUGGUAGAAUGAAUUUUCUGAUACUGAUAUUUAUAAUGUUCGUGUGCUGUAUCAAUUGUGAUUAAACGCCUUAGUUUCACCUUCCAAUAUCGAUGUAUUGCGAACGAUUCUAUAAAUAAUAUAAACAUGUAACUAAAAAAACCUAUUCAAACUAUUUUUCCAUAAUGAAUGUAACACGAAUGGUUUUUUAUGUCAACGUAAAAGAUUUGUGUCGUUCCGAAAUCCAGAUCAACUUUAAAAUAAAAAUAUCAGGACAUUAUCACGUUUUUUUUUAUUGCGGAACUGAUUGCACAAUUCAACAUGUUUACGUUGGACGAUGCGCAUCUAAUUGUGCAUCUAAUUAUUCAAAACAUUCUGACUGCAUACUAAUGUUCAACUGUAUACAAACAGUGUGUAAAAAUUAAUGUAAAUGCAACCUAACGUAAGUUCUCCAAACUUUAAAGGAGAAUAUAACUUGCUUGUAUUGUCUUUUCUUAUAAGAACUUUAAUAAAAUUAUUGUUUUCAAACGA